ACAGACAGCUGUUCCAGCACUCUGCACAGCGAAGGACUGGUGACUGGCAACUGCUAGACAAAAUGGCAACCCCUGAGACAGACGUCAGCACUGUUACAUUCAACCAAUCGACAGAGAGCUGCGGGAGGGAAACCGUGCUGGAGAGCUUGGUCUUUGGGGGCUACUACAUCGUGGUUUUCCUCCUGGCCUUGACCGGGAACAGCCUGGCCCUCUGGAUCUUCUCCCACCAGCGUGGAACACCAACUCCCACCAACGUCUUCCUCCUGCACCUGGCUCUAGCCGACCUCUCCUACGCCAUCAUCUUACCUCUGCGAGCCGCCUACCAUCUGACAGGGGGCCACUGGCCGUUUGGGGAAGUGCCCUGCCGACUUGCCGGGUACCUUUUCUACGUCAACAUGUACGCCAGCCUCUAUUUCCUGGCCUGCAUGGCGGUGGACCGAUAUCUGGCCGUGGUGCACGCCGUGAGGUCGCUGAGGUUCCGCCGAGCGCGUCACGCCCACGCGGUCAGCGUCGCCCUGUGGCUCCUGGUCCUGGUCUCCAUGGCGCCGCUGCUGGUCAGCCGGCAGACGUGGAAGGAGGGCGGGGCCACGGCGUGCCAGCAGCUGUACCGCGAGAAGGCGUCGCGGCGGGCGCUAGCGUCGCUAGCGGUGGCCUUCACCCCUCCCUUCCUGGCGACGCUAACCUGCUACCUGCUCAUCGUACGGAGCCUUCGACGCGGCUCGCGCCUGGAGCCGGCACUCAAGCUCAAGGCCCUGCGCACCGUUAGCUUGGUCCUGCUCAUCUACGUGGUCUGCUUCCUGCCCUACCACGCCAGCCGCGCCCUCUUCAUCCUGGGCUACGGCCGCCCGGGCAUCUCCUGCCGGGCCAGGCGAGGCCUGGCUCUGGCCAACCGCCUGACCUCCUCCCUCACCUGCCUGAACGGGGCCCUCGACCCCCUGGUCUAUUUGUUCGGGGCCGAGAAGUUCCGCGGGAGCUUACGCCGCCUCUUCUGCAGGGAUAGGGGGCAGGGCUCCAGCGCCACCAGCGGGGAGCUGAAGGGAACACGCGAAAACUCGGCUAGCGUCAAGUCCGAGUUCUGA